AUGGUCGAACCUGGUAAAACAGCUUUUUUACAUCUUCUUUUGCCCUCAACUGAAGAAAUUGGACCAUCUGAGACAGAUGCUUUACCUCCCUGCCAAGAUCAACUUCACUUAGGAUGUCAAAGCUUAAAUUCUUGGGAAAAUGGUCCAUGCAUGACUCUUGAAAUACCCCAGAUCCAGCAGGCUGCUAAAAUGAUAAAACAUACCUGGUUGGCCAGUAGAGACCGGAAGAUCUUCAAAAUGCUAAAGCAUGCUAUUUGUGCUGCUGAAAAUUGCAUGACUGAAAUUUUUUUGCGGAGAGUUUCUCCACGAGAAGCAGAUUUACUCCAAGAUCCAGCUUUUCCAGCCCGAGUCAGGCUUCGAUUUGGAGGCAGUAAUUUUCCUCCAAUGAUAUUUUUCAAGAUUUUUCAUCAGCAUAAUGGACCUGGAGUGAAAUACAUCAGUGGGAAGCAAAUGAUCAAAGCAUCAUCCGAAGCAACUGAAGAUUCAUUAAAGAUGAUGGGAAAUCGCAUUUUCUAUGAGAAUAUACUUCGAGAUUCCAUGCAGGAGCACUAUAAUAGAAUCACUGAUGAAUAUUUAGCCAACUUGGAUGAAACUCCUGCCAAAUUUGGUGGUAAAAGUAACUUUUGGAGAUUGUUAACCUUGGAUGAUGUACCUCGUCAUACCAUUUUCUAUGAUAUAGUAGAGUUUUUGUACAUUGGGAAAUUGUCUAGACAUCUUCAACAACAACUACCAAACCUUUUAUUGAAGCCUGUCACUCCUGAAAUACAACUGCAGCAUUUGAAAAUCAUUUCUGCUCUGAGGUAA